AUGACCUUCUCCGUCGAGGAAGUCCGCAACGAGUUGGAUCGCAUCUUUGACUCGAGUUCAUCUGAAAUUCAAAGAAUUACGAAGUGUAGGAUUCUGUUGAAUAACGUUAUUUCAACAUGCUCCACCAAUGUGUUGGAAAUGUUGAAAGAAGUCGUCAAAUUCCUUGUUCAGGAUAACGUCAACCUGUUCGUAUCUCGUCAGAUGUUCUCCGAUUUCUGUAUGCGGAUCUCACCCGUAUUGCCGGAUUCACAGUAUAAACUAUUGGCUCAAUUCAUGCUGGAAGAAAUGCAACCGAGGGAGGUUUAUUUUGAAUAUCAUAUGUCCAUUAUCUGUUACCAUUUAUCGUACAUUUACGAGAAAGAGGAAAAUUGGAAGGAAGCAGCCAAUUUUCUAGCCAGCAUCCCAGCAGAAUCGUAUUACAGAUUUUCUGUUGAUUAUGAAUUGGAAUUAUACUUGAAAAUUUCACAACUUUACAUGAAAGAUGAUGAUCCAUUGCUAGCAGAUCCUUACGUCAAAAAAGCUUCAGUGUUGCACUUUUUAACAUCAAACAAUGAUCUUCAAUUAACUUAUAAAAUUUGUUAUGCACGAAUGUUGGAUUACCAUUUAAAAUUUAUUGAGGCUGCACAAGAAUAUCAUGAAUUGUCAAACUGCCCAUCAUUAAAAGUAGAUGAAUGUUUGAUGGCAUUGAAGAAUACACUUGUCUGUACGAUAUUAUCAUUUGCCGGUGACAUGCGAACUCAGUUGUUGAGAUCAUUGUCUGAUGAUGAAAGAUGUAAAGUAUUAAUAAGAACAUCAAUUCUUGAAAAAUUGUGUUCAGUUCGAAUUAUUAAAUCUCAUGAAAUUGAUGAGAUAGCAAAAUUGUUGUUGCCACAUCAAAAGGCCAAAACAAAUUAUGGCACAUCUAUAUUGGUUGAAGCUAUAGCGCAACAUAAUAUUCAAUCAAUCGAAAGACUUUAUGAAAAUAUCAAAAUUGAGUCACUUGGCCACUUGUUGGGAUUAGAACCAUCUAAAGCCGAAUUAAUGGUAGGAAGAAUGAUAUCCGAAGGACGCAUAAGAGGUUCAAUUAAUCAGAAAACAGGUUUUAUAACAUUCAAAAUCCAAAACCCAGACGAAUUGUUAGAAUCUUGGACUGAGAUAAUUGAAUCCCUCAACAAUCAGUUUAAUCGUAUGAAUGAACUCUUAUUGGCAAACAGUUCAUUGCCGAAAGAUAAGAAAGAUCAUAGAGAUGUGUAA